CAACAUUUUUUAACUAGGGACACCCCAAUUGGUUAAUUAGUUUAAGGUUUAAUUAUGUGGACACAGUAGCUUCUUGAUUAUAUAAACAUCAGAAGCCUUAAAUUCUUAGUUGCAGAUUUUCCCCUGAGAAUUUCUCAGCAACUUGUUAACCUGGGGAACUAUUUUAAUCUUUACCAUAAGACAUGGAUGUAUGGAAUGAUGAAGCUAUGAAGCAGUUUCAGUCCCUUCUGGAAACCUUGGAUGAACAACACAAGAACACAUUCCAGAAUAUGCACCAGGGUUAUCCAAGAGAAACAUUAGUACGUUUUCUCAAAGCAAGGGAUGGGAAUGUUCCCAAAGCACAUAAAAUGUUAAUUGAUUGCUUGCAAUGGAGAGUGGAAAAUGAGAUUGACAAUGUUUUAGCUAGGCCAAUCCCGGCCGAUUCGUACAGAAGUGUGAGAGAUUCGCAACUCAUGGGAAUGUCUGGUUACACAAAAGAGGGUCUUCCAGUCAUUGCUGUUGGUGUUGGUCUUAGCACAUAUGGAAAAGUUUCUGACAAAUACUAUGUACAAUCACACAUCCAAAUGAAUGAAUAUAGGGAUAGGGUGAUCUUGCCAACAGCUACCAAGAAUCAUGGAAGAUACAUUGGUACCUGUGUGAAAGUCUUGGAUAUGACAGGCCUAAGACUAUCAGCACUGAACCAAAUGAAGCUUUUGACAUCUAUAUCUACCAUAGAUGACUUGAAUUAUCCAGAAAAGACAGACACAUACUAUAUUGUCAAUGCUCCAUAUGUAUUCUCUGCAUGUUGGAAGGUUGUAAAGCCUCUAUUGCAAGAAAGAACAAGGAAGAAAGUUCAAGUGCUGCAAGGUUGUGGCAAGGAGGAAUUACUCAAGGUAAUGGACUAUGCAUCCCUUCCACAUUUUUGCAAGGACUCAUCAAAGUUAACCAAACACAAUGCAACAAUGAAUGCUGAAAACUGCUACUCCCUUGAUCAUGUCUUCCAUAAACAACUUUAUAAUUAUAUGAAGCAGCAAGCUAUGAUAAUGGAGUCCAUAUCACAAAUCAAACAGGAAUCUUUCUAUGUAGAAUUGCCAGAGACAGACCCAGAUGAUGCUAAAAUUGUCAAGACUAUAGAAAUUGAGUUCAGGAGAGUGGAAAGCAAGAAUGGCCUAAAUAAUUCACUAAAUGGUGUUGCUGUUAGAGGUCUUUGAAACUUUGGAGACUCAUUAUUACACUAUUUUGGCCUCUUAUAGGGUUCACUGCCACUAAAAUUGUUGAAUUGACAUAUAACCCUUUCAGAUAAGGAAUAGUUCUUUAUAAUGACAAAGAACUCAUAAACUAUUAGCUGUAAUUUCUUGCAGCUACUCAAUUUAAAUCUCUAAUAACAGAACUUUGUUUGAUCUCA